AAAAUAAAAAGCCCAUUAUCUAUACUGGUCCUCUCAUUUAGGAAAGCAUCCAUCAAAAUUAGGGUUUCACAUAAAAACAACCCCUUCACCUCCACAUCUCCAUUCUUCCCGCAAACCCUAGCUGCGACACCCAAACCUCUCUCCUCUGCUUGCAGUUGACUGAAGAAGAAAAAUGGCCAAGUCGAAGAAUCACACGGCUCACAACCAGUCUUACAAGGCCCACAAGAAUGGCAUCAAGAAACCCCGCAAGCAUCGCCACUCAUCUACCAAGGGGAUGGACCCAAAGUUCUUGAGGAACCAGAGGUACGCAAGGAAGCACAACAAGAAGGUUGACGAUGUUGCAACUGAGGAAGAAUAGAUGAUUCGCUGUUUUUACUACUGAAAAUCAAUUUUAGGGAAGUUUCAAUUUUUGUUUUAUGUUGAUGGAUGCUAUUACUGUUAGGUUCAAUUCCCAGAUUUUAAAUCUAUCUAAGUUUUGCCCUUUUGAUGGUGACAAUGGUGUAUUUGCAACUUAUUAGUCAUUACGGAUUACUUUAAUAGAGGAAAUUUGCAAGUCCAA